AUGGCCGAUCUCGAGAAUGAUGAGGUCAAUCGUCAACUUUGUGCCAUUACAACAGACGAAAUGUUCGAGUGCUGGUCGCCAGAGACGCAAGAGCAGAUUCUGGCUGAAUGGGACGACUGGCAAGAAGAAUCGGAGAAGUCGGGGUUAUGUUGUGAUGAAUGUGGUAAGACGUUUAAACGGGCAGGUAAUCUGAAACGGCACAAGAAAACUCACAGCGAGAAAGAAUACGAGUGUUCGCGUUGCCACAAGAAAUUUGACCGAAUGGUAUGUAGAGUUUGUAUUGAUAUAUAAACUAUAACAAGUAUAUGUAUAGACAUUGUGUAAUACGUGAAAAUAUACGCUGUUCGCUAAUAUUAUACUCCAUAUUCUUUUUAAGGAUAAUCUGAAACGUCACUUGAAAACUCACAGCGAGAAUGAAUACGAGUGUUCGCGUUGUGACAAGAAAUUUGACCAAAUGGUAUGUAGAGAUUUGUAUUAGUAUAUAAACCGUAGCAAUUAUAUGUAUAGACGUUGUGUAAUACGUGUAGAUAUACGCUGUUCCCUAAUAUUAUACUUCGUAUUCCUUUAAGGAUAAUCUGAACCGCCACAUGAAAACUCACAGCGAGAAAGAAUACGAGUGUUCGAAAUGUCACAAGAAAUUUGAUCGAAAGGUAAAAAGAGUUAUGUUGAGAGCUAUGUUGAGAUAUAUAUAUUUUGAACUAUAGUGUGUUUAUUUAUUUUUCAAGGAUAACCUCACAAGACACAUGGAAAUGCACGAGCGACGUGGCGCGGAACGGGAAUAUACUUGUGAUGAAUGUGGUGAAGUGUUUCGAAACAUAUUCCCAUUCCAAGCCCAUCAGCGCGAAGUCCAUCAGGUUGGUCGUGGGAAACGUACGAAGACGCCGACCGGGCGAACAAAAAGGCAAAGAACUGAUGAACCAAGUGUGUAUAAAUCAAAAUAUUUCGAUUACUAACCUUGUAUUUAUGCAGAUAUUUUUUUUUUUCUUUUAAGAACCGCCAAGACCUUCGACAUCGGUGAACGAAGGUAAGAGAGUAUAUAUGCUGUGUAAUAAUUUGAGUUAAAUCACACUAAUACAUUUUUUUUUCCUUUUUCAGGUGCUUCCACGUCUAUAGUCGUUAGCGAAUGUAUGAAAUUCAUAUGUUUAUACCGUAUGUAG